AAUCUGCAUUGUUUUCCCUAGUUGAGCUCUGGUUCAUGAGAGCCUCAGGCUUCUGUUCCUGGCUCUUCUAGACUAUGGAUUGGUUGCUCAAGUUAAGGAGAGCUUUGCUUGCCUUCUCUGCCAGACUCAAGCAUCGUAAAUCUGUAGGUGGUGCUGGUGGUGAUCAGUGUGGUGGAGUAGGUGGUCUGCUAAAGCUUCAAGAUGAUGUGCAAAUGUGUGGGUACCAAGAUGUACAAAUUAUGUGGAACAUGUUGAGCAAAGCUCAACAGGAGGAGAUUCAGAUCAUGGCAACAACUGAUCAGUCCAAGCCGAAUCAGAAGCAACGAAGACGACAACGACCCUCUUGUUCUUUCAGGGCUUUCUUUGGACCAGCCACACAGAGCUGCGUCUUGGUUAGACUAGAAUCCAAUGCUUGUUCACUCUUGAACUAAGGAAUGCAUGAGUAGCCAAAUGUAUAUAUCGGGAUAUAUA